GAAAAUGUCUCAAAACACAUUUAUACAUAGUUUAACAGUGCUUUCUUUCCUUUCCUCUGACGAUUUCCCCGUUCUUUUUUCCUAAUCUUUGACUCUAUUUGAAUUAAAUACUGUUCGCCGGAAACUAUUCUCUCUCUAGAACUCACUUUUCUUCUCUUUCUCUCUCUAUAUAUGCACAUUUCCGUUGCUGGAUAUUUCAAUUUUCCGAGAGGAAGCUGCCGAUACUACCUCCGUGGAGCUGGUAAAGGCUCGGUUUUCGGUCCGAGCCGCCGUAAUUUAUUCAAACGGAAGGGAGUCAAUGAUGGACUGCGCUUUGACUUCGAGCCUUGAACGGAGGCGCUAGGGUACAAGCUGGUAGAGUUGUCCGUUGGAGUUCUCUAGAUCCGGAGGAUUUCUAGGGUUUAUUUGGAGUUGGAAUUUGGAGGUUAGUUUUGUUAAUUUGAUUAGGAGAUAGGUGAGGGCUUGGUUUUAUUUUAUUUUUUCGUUUGGAUGGUAGUGUGCGGGCUGGACGGUGCCGUGCUCGUUGUCGCCGCCGGUGGAGGAGUUGAUGAUGACCGGAGGUUUUGGGCGGGGAAGGUGUCGGAGGCAGUGGUGCGGAGCGGCUUGUGCUUUCACAUGGAAUGGCAGAUCUUGUUAGCUACAGUAAUGGCAACCGUGACAUCGAGCAGGCAUUUGUUGCUUUAAAGAAAGGCGCUCAGCUUUUGAAAUAUGGGCGCAAGGGAAAACCUAAGUUCUGUCCAUUCAGACUUUCACAUGAUGAAUCAUCUUUGAUUUGGAUAAGUAGCAGUGGUGAAAGAAGUUUGAAAUUAGCUUCUGUUUCAAGAAUUAUUGCUGGACAAAGAACUGCUGUUUUCCAAAGGUAUUUGUGUCCUGAAAAGGACUACCUAUCUUUCUCCCUCAUAUACAACAACGGAAAAAGGUCCCUUGAUCUGAUUUGCAAGGACAAAGUUGAGGCUGAGGCCUGGAUAACUGGCCUGAGAGCAUUGAUAUCUUCAGGGCUAGGUGGGCGUUCAAAAAUUGAUGGAUGGAGUGAUGGAGGCCUCUACUUUGUUGAUGGUAAUCAGGAUUUGACAGAAGACAGUCCUAGCUCAAGCUCGGUUAGUGCUACAAAGGAAAUUAACUCUGUGGAGGCUUCCAUUGGUUCAAACCUGAAUGUUUCUCCCAAUCGCUUUCAACCUGAUUCUAGAAGUUCACAUGUAGCUUUGGGUACAACUAUGCAAAACUUGCAAGUAAAAGCUACUAAUUCAGAUGUUUUAAGGAUUAGUGUUUCUAGUGCCCCCAGCACUUCUAGUCAUGGCUCUGCAACAGAUGAUUAUGAUGUUCUUGGUGAUGUAUAUAUAUGGGGCGAGGUAAUUUGUGAUAGCAUUGUUAAGGUUGGACCUGAAAAAAAUGUUAGUACUUGGAGUGCUAGAGCUGAUGUGCUUCUUCCAAGACCUUUAGAAUCUGAUGUCUUUCUGGAUGUGUGCCAAAUUGCUUGUGGGGUCAAGCAUGCUGCCCUUGUCACUAGGCAAGGAGAAGUUUUUACAUGGGGUGAAGAAUCUGGUGGACGUCUUGGCCAUGGUGUUGGGAAAGAUGUUACUCAACCUCGCCUAGUGGAAUCCUUAUCCUUUUGCAGCAUUGAUUUUGUUGCCUGUGGUGAGUUCCACACUUGUGCAGUUACCACGGCUGGUGAGCUUUAUACAUGGGGAGAUGGCACCCAUAAUGCUGGAAUUCUAGGUCAUGGCUCUGAUGUCAGUCACUGGAUACCUAAGAGAAUAUCAGGUCCUCUGGAGGGACUUCAAGUGGAAACAGUAACUUGUGGUCCAUGGCAUACAGCCUUGAUCACAUCAACUGGGCAGCUCUUUACAUUUGGUGAUGGAACUUUUGGUGUGUUGGGCCAUGGAGAUAAGGAAAAUGUGUUGUUUCCAAGAGAGGUUGCAUCUCUAUCAGGAUUGAGGACAAUUGCUGUUGCAUGUGGAGUGUGGCACACUGCUGCUGUUGUGGAGGUCAUUGUGUCACAGUCUAGUGCUAGUGUUUCAUCUGGAAAAUUGUUUACUUGGGGAGACGGAGAUAAAUAUCGCCUUGGACAUGGUGACAAAGAGCCUCAACUACAACCUAUGUGUGUGUCAGCACUAAUUGAGUACGACUUCCAUAAAAUUGCUUGUGGGCAUAGUUUAACCGUUGGUUUAACCACUUCUGGGCAUGUUUUCACAAUGGGAAGUGCUGUGUAUGGUCAACUUGGAAAUCCUUAUUCUGAUGGAAAGCUACCGUGCUUAGUAGAGGAUAAACUUUUAGGGGAAUGUGUUGAAGAAAUCUCUUGUGGCGCAUAUCAUGUUGCUGUGUUGACAUCCAAGAAUGAGGUUUAUACAUGGGGUAAGGGAGCUAACGGAAGGUUGGGCCAUGGAGACAUAGAAGACUGCAAAUCACCAACUUUAGUUGAAGCUUUAAAGGAUCGAAUUGUGAAAUAUAUUGCUUGUGGUUCACAUUACACUGCAGCCAUUUGUCUUCACAAGUGGGUCUCUAGUGCUGAGCAGUCUCAGUGCUCAGCCUGUAGACAGACAUUUGGCUUCACAAGGAAGAGACAUAAUUGCUACAAUUGUGGACUUGUGCAUUGCCAUUCAUGUACUUCAAGAAAAGUCAUUAGGGCUGCUUUGGCACCUAAUCCAAACAAACCAUAUCGUGUAUGUGAUUCCUGUUUUACCAAACUGAUUAAGGUGUUGGAGGCUGGAGUCAGUAACAGGAAAAAUGCUGGACCACGCCUCUCUGGUGAGAACAAGGACAGGUUGGAUAAGGCUGAAUUACACUUGGCCAAGUCUGGAAUGCCUUCAAAUCUUGAUUUGAUUAAACAAUUAGAUAACAAAGCAGCCAAACAAGUAAAGAAAGCUGAUAUGUCAUUGGGUCGCUCCUCACAACCACUUUAUUCAUUACAGCUAAAAGAUGAUGUUUUUUCUACUGCAUCUGAUCUGCGCCGUGCACUUCCAAAACCGGUUUUAACAUCAUCUGCUGUUAGUUCAAGAUCUGUGUCACCUUUCUCAAGGAAACCUAGUCCUCCUCGUUCAGUGACACCAACACCUGCUAGGGCAGGACAAUCAUUCUCCAAAAGCAUUGUAGACAGUCUGAAGAAAACUAAUGAACUUCUAAGCCAAGAAGUUCUCAAAUUACGAGCUCAGGUUGAGAACCUCACAUGCCGGUGUGAACUCCAAGAAUUGGAGCUCCAGAAAUCAACUAGAAAAGCACAGGAAGCAACGGUUUUGGCUGCAGAGGAAUCUGCUAAAUGUAAAGCUGCAAAAGAAGUAAUAAAAUCACUUACAGCACAGGUCAGAGACAUGGCUGAGAAAUUGCCUCCUGGGGCUUAUGAUGUUGAGAGUACAAAAUUAGCUUAUCUAUCAAAUGGCUUGGAGCCAAAUGGUGUUCCCUAUCCCACCACAGAACGCCAUUCAAGAUCUGAUUCAGUCACCAGUUCCACCUUAGCCUCACGAACAAGUUUCGAUACAAGUUUCAAUGGAAUGCGUAGUAGUAGUGAUUUGGAUAUUGAUUCUGGAACCAAUGAAACUAUUCCAUUCAAUGAUGUCCGAGCUGCAACUCCCCGUGGGAAUGAUGAUCGAUCGGAUGUUAGAUUGCAUAGUGGCAGUGCAAUGCAAUCCUUCCGCAAUGGUGCUUCUGAAAAUAUCACCAGUAGAGAAUCUGAUGCUUCUCAAAACAAUGGAAGCAUUUCAUGCAGUCAAGUUCACGGUGUUAUGGCUUCCAACGGGAGGGAUAACUUGUCUGAUGUUAGAUCAAAUAAUGGUAGUGCAAUGCAACCCUUCAGUAAUGGUACCUCUGAAGCUGUUACCAACAGAGAAUAUGGCUCUUCACAAAACAACAGAAGUGGAUUAGAAUCUCAACAUUCUGCUGCUUCUACCGAUUCUAGCCAAAUUGUGGCAGAGUGGAUUGAACAAUACGAGCCUGGUGUUUAUAUAACACUGGUAGCACUCAGAGAUGGAACUAGAGAACUCAAACGUGUGCGCUUCAGCCGAAGAAGAUUUGGAGAGCAACAAGCAGAGAUUUGGUGGUCAAAUAACCAUCGAAGGGUUUAUGAGAGAUAUAAUGCUCGAGAAUCAGAAAAAUCAUCAGUUACUAGCCAAGCUACUCGAUGAUCAGUAUGGCUUCUUCCCUCUUCCACCCCUCACCUUUAGCGACAAGCAAUAAAUAUUUAUUCCAAGUAAUCCCCCACUUCUCCCCUUCUUUUCCAUAUAUAUAAAUAUAUAUAUGUUGUAAUUUUCUUUCAAACCGUUUUUGGGUUUUUGCUCUAUACUAGUCUAGCGUAUAUAUAAAUCGUCAAUAGUUAAGUAUUUGUUAUGGCUUCAACUUUGAAGUAGGAUUUUAUUGCUAUAGAAAAUUUUACUCAGUUGUAGGGACCUGUUUCUGUUUUAUCCGCUGGAUGUCAUUGCCAGCUCACUAAAGACUACGGAGUAUUCAAUUCUUUACCAAGGUGCAAGGCAAAAAUCCAGUUACUUAGACCAAAUUUAUCCGGAAAAAGGCUAUAGAUUUUGAUCAA